AUGGCCUAAAAUAACCUAUAAGAAGAGUAAAAUUAAUUGGCAUAAAGAUUGUUGCUAGAGAAUCCAAAAAAAACACAUCUAGAAUAAUUUAAUCAUUUAUCUGCUCUUUCAGAAACCAACUCUUAAUAUAUAGAAUCCAAUUAAGGGAGUGGAUACUUGGGAUCCUAAAAAUGUAACAAUAUUGUUUACCAUCAUUUAGAGUCGUAAUUUAAUAGUUCAAGGAAUAUGAAGAUUAAAAAUAAUAGAGCCAUUGGAUCACUUCUAAAUAGUGAUGUAUCAAAUCACAAUCUAUCCGAUGAUGAACUUGAGAAUGAAGACAGGUCAAAUAAGGAAUAAGUAAAUACUAUAGAAGAAGAAGAAUAAGACAUUGACUCUAAUAAGGAAAUUUUUUAAAUCCCACCUGAUAUUGAAUCGCUAGAAAAACCAUUAACUUAUGAUGAGUUGAAUAGAAAAUGCAAAAAUUUGGAAGCAGAAGCGAAAAAAACAAAGCAAAUAAAUGAAGUAUUAUUGAAUUAGGUUGAAAAUGAUAAAAGUAAGAUUAAGAAAUUUGAAGAACUAGAAAAACACUAUACUGACUAAAUAUCCUAAGAUGCCACAAAAAUAUCAAGUUUGGAAGAGCAACUUUCAUCCUUAUCAUAAGAACUAAAAGAGUAAAACAAUAAAUAAGAAUUGAUUAUAUAAAAAUAAAAAGAAUCGAUAAUUCAGAUUCAAAUUAAGUUAGAACAAUAAGCACAGCACUAUAAUCAGCAAAGACAAUAAUUUUAAGAAUAAUUAACUCAAUAUCAAAAUAGGUUGAGUACUUACGAAAAGGGGUAGAAAACUAAUGGGUAAAAAGGAGAUUUAAUAUAAAACGAAUUGCUAAAAAUUAAAGAUCAGAUCAUAUUACAUUUAUAAAAUGAAUUAGUUUAGUUUAAAGUUUCUUAACAACAAACAAAGACAGAACCUUUAAAUAAGAUUAAAAUUAAUACAAACCCCAGUAAAUAAGAAAUUAAAAAUUAUAGUAUAAAUCAAAAUAAAUAGAAACUAAAAACUCAAGAUCAAGUUUUAUCUAAACCUCCAAGUGCAAAAAAGUAAAUGACUCAUUAUGAUUAAUAAAAACUUCUUUCAUCAUUACUCAACCCUUAACAUAGGUAAUGUAACUCUUGGAUAGCAUAACUUAAUUAAAAGAAUAAAAAUAUGCUACAUAGCUACACAAACUCUCAAAAAAAUAAUUAAUCAUUAAGCAAUCUGAAUUGCUCAAUAAUAGAAAAUGUAGAUUAAAAUUGUCAAAUAAAUGACAAUUAACUGAUUUUGAAUGAGAAUGCUUGA